AACCUGAUAUCACCUCCAUCACCUCUACAACCUCAACCCCGACACCAUGGAUUACCAGAACCGCGCCGGUUCCAAAUUCGGCGGCGGCGGCGUAGCCUCCCAAUCCGCCACAAACGCCGACCGACGCGAACGUCUGCGCAAACUCGCCCUGGAAACCAUCGACCUCGAAAAAGACCCCUACUUCUUCAAGAACCACGUCGGCAGUUUCGAAUGUCGACUCUGCCUAACCGUCCACCAAAAUGACGGCUCCUACCUCGCCCACACGCAAGGCCGCAAGCAUCAAACGAACCUGGCUCGUCGCGCCGCCCGCGAACAACGCGAAGGCAAGAACCAAGACCCGUCGUCUAUUGCCGGCGCAAUGGGCGUACAAGUCAAGAAGCAGACGAUCAAGAUCGGACGACCAGGGUACAAGAUCACGAAGAUUCGGGAUCCGUUGACGAGACAGCUCGGGAUGUUGUUUCAGUUGCAGUAUCAGGAGAUUACGCCGGGAGUGACGCCCAAGGUGCGGUUUAUGUCGGCGUUCGAGCAGAAGGUGGAGGAGCCGCCGGAUAAGAAUUUUCAGUAUUUGGUGGUGGCGGCGGAGCCGUAUCAGACGUGUGGGUUUAAGUUGCAGGCCAGGGAGAUUGAUCGUCGAGAGGGAAGGUAUUGGACUUGGUUUGAUGAGGAUAGUAAGGAGUUUUGGGUUCAGAUUAUGUUUAAGACGGAGAGGGAGGAGAGGUUUUCCGGGGUGCCGGGGUUGGCGCCGAUGGAGUCGAAGGCUUGAUUGGUUUUUGGUGGGGAUGGAG